AUGGUUGAGUUAGCCGAAGACUACGAGGCCUAUCUGCGAGAGAAGGCGGCCUUUAGACCUCCUCCUUCUCCGGACGUAGCGCUGGUUUUGGAAACCGCCUACACACCCAAAAAGAAGGUGGAGAAGCGCGCCGAAACUGCCGCCGUCGAGAAGCGGAGUUUCGAGAGACCAUCUCCGGAAGCUGAGUCGCUUGGGCGGGUGGCUUCGAAGUCGGAUCGGGUCCACGGUCAACGGCCCGUGACAGCAGCUAGAGCGCCUGAGGGUCCAAAGGGGACGGUGAAAUGUUUUAGGUGCCAGGAGAUUGUUAGCUUGGUUGGGCGAGGAGUCGCCAACCAUCUUCAGCACCAGGGUGUAGAGCCGUGUAAGCAAACCGCUCCUCUGAGGAUGGCAGAUGGGACACGGUCAACGGCCAAAUAUUCGUUUCGGCUAGCAGGAGAAGCUGCGGGAAGACGGUGGAUAGGAGAUGCCUUGUACGUCCCCACUCUCACCACGGACAUGAUUCUGGUUUGGGCAUGUGACAGCGCCUUUAGGUCCGACUGGGUAAGGGGAGGAUAUGAGGCGACGAAGUGGCGGUUGCGAAAUAUAAACCCUUUUAGUAGGGAACUUCUGUUAUUCCCAAUACACCUGCCGAACGUUGGACAGCAUGGACAUUGGUCGCUGAUCGGUGUGUGGCCCCGGAAGGCGGAAAUCGCUACUUUCGAUUCUGUCGGGCAUCGGCGAGCUGCAGCGAGACAACAAAUGGAGGGCGUGCUAGAUUUUCUUCGGCUGUACGCCAGAUCCGAGAACCUCCCGUUUGACGCGGAUGGUUGGGCCCUAGUCGACUCCCCGGCAAGCUUACCCCGCCAAGAAGAUGCAGAGAGCUGCGGAGUGUUUGUGUGCGUGUACGCUGACAGGUUAGCGAGGAACGCCCCUAUCACUGAACCUAUCGACGUCCACGAAGCACGCUUGGCCAUCGCCGAAGUCCUGAAGAGAGGGAAAUUCGACAGGGAGGAUUUCCAAAAUCGCCGGAACGUCAACCCCGUCCCUCCUCAGUCGUCAGCCGUUACAAUCGACCUCACGCUGCCGGUUGACGAAACCCCAUCGGAGAUCUUCGAAGUGGUAGAGGAGGUGACUGGGGAAGUCGGGCAACAUUCUGACAGGAGGGCUGCGGAGGAAGCGAGGCUGUUAGGUGGCGAGACCUCAGCCAUGCUGCUAGACGACGUGGCGGAGGCUGAAGCUUCGGGACGGGCACCCGUCGAGAGCCAAGAGCCCUGUCUAGACCUGGAGGAUGGCGAGUUGGUGGUGGAGCUUGACGCGGAACCAGCCGCCAGACCAGCGGUCCAGUCGAGAUUGGGUGGUUGUCAGCGAGGCGAGGAUCGUCGUCAACACCGUCACCCAGGAUCCCGGCGAGAACAUAAGCGAAGGCUCGAGCGGCAUCGCGACGAGACUCGAAGGUACCAGGGAAGCCAGCAGCGUCAGGUGGUGGAGAGGAGCCGUGGUCUAGGUGGACACAGGGUUCGGAGACCUGACCACGGGGUGGAGCCGAAUCGGCGCAAUCCGGAAGGAGUGUCUACGAGGAGACGCCGGGAAGGUGGACCUCAACAGCAGGAACCUGGUCAACGCCGGAAUGAGGAGACCCGUCGUCGUGCUCACGUCGACUUGAGGUAUAAGCUCCUGGCCCGACGGUGCGAGAGACUGCAUUCUCCUCAACGGUCUGGGCGGAGCGGUGACGUAGCUCGCAGACUCGAGCGACGGUUCACUGAGAGGGCGGAGAGAAGGCCGCCGGCAUGCUCUCAGUCGGACGUGCGGGUGGAUACGGAGGCCAGCGGUCAGCGCGGGUUCGAAGUGCCACAACACCUGCGAGACCGUUUGGCGGAGUUGGAGACCCAAGGGUGGUCGAAGACGGAUCUGAGGAACAAGCGCUGGGUGGUGACCCGGGCCGAUGGGUCCAAGUUCAAGAUCCGUGCCGCCAAGCUCCGGACCCUAGAGACACUUCAUUGAGUGUCGUGAUGCGGGUGGGGCUUUACAAUAUUUAAUUUUAGUUUACUGCUCGCAGUUGGAGUGGGAGUGAUUUAUUUGUUUUUUUGUUAAUCUAGUAGUUUGGUUUUUGGUUUACAUUGAGACCCAUGGUAAAGGAGGUAUCAUUGGGUGAGGGGCCGGAGUGUUUU